ACAUGAAAGGAAUUCUCCCCCCCCCCUCAACAUUCGAAAUUUUGAAUAUUUUCAGGGGGGUGAAUGCCUCUCGUAAAGCGCACUAUGAUUUUGGUAGCUAUAGUUGCCAAAGCCACGUUGGAAGUUGAAAAAAAGUCCAAUUUUAAUCGCUGAUCGCUUCAGUUGUUUUUUUUUCACACAGCAGGAGUUUUUCCUUCUAUAUAUGUUCUCGGCAACGUGUGCCACGCAACUCUAUUAAAUAUUAACACGAUGGUAAGAGAGAUUUUCUAUAAAUGAGUUUUGAAAUAUUUGUCUCUCGUUAUGAACAAAUUAAAUUGCGAUAAUGAACCUCCAAAAUUUGUGUUUCAGAAUCGGCAGGACAGCUUGCGCUCGUCCGAAGCUUUUAAAGAUUUGGCGAGGCGAGACGCCGAGGAAUUAAUGGCAGAAGAACUCGAGAAAUUACUGGCCACUGCUCCUGACAAAAUUAAAGAGGUUUAUAAAUAUUUGUUUCGUAGUUUUGGAAAUAUAAAGUAGUUGUUUAUUGAUAUCUCUAAAAAGUAUGACUUGAGUUUUGUAUAAGUUUAGUAUUGUUUUAUCUAAAAUUAAUAAUAAGCGUCAGAAAUUUGAAUUAUGUAUAUCUGAUGUUCAAAUAUUCAGUCCAUGUUGUCAAAUAAAUUGCAUGAUUGCAAGACUUGCUAAGCACAAGGUGUCCCCAAAAAAUGGAAGUGAAUAAUACAAUAGUUUGAUGACACAUCUGAGACACAACGUUGUAAUUACAUAUGUGAAUAUUAAAACGUUUUAGUUCACAUAACACGAUUAUAUUUUCACGAAUUUGUUGUUUGCACUCUGAUAAAUUGAAACUUGGUUUGUCUAAAAACACUGUUGCUGAAAGGUUGGUUCAGUGUGCCACAUCGGCUUUUUGUAGUGUAUCCCACAAAGUCUCGGAGAUCUCAAGGUUGUCAAACUACUGUAUUAUAAUUAGUUGAUAAUAUUGCAUUGAAUACAUAAUUAACUUUAGAUGGUUCUGGGUUUCUUUUGGCCUUGACGUAUCAGUCCGUGCCAACUGAAACUUUUAUGAUUUAUUCUACCCCCUCCCCUGAUGAUAAUUGUGCGAGAACACAUCUCCCCUGAUGAUAAUUGUGUAAAAACACAUCUCCCCUGAUGAUAAUUGUGUGGGAACAUCUCCCCUGAUGUGCUGAGUAUUAUUUUUCUAGAAAACAAAGAAAGAAUUCAAUCAAUUUCAAGAAUUAUUCUCAAGAUUUCUAAAGGAAGCUGGCAAUGCAGUGGACUGGAGCAAAAUUAAGCCACCUCCUAAAGACAGAGUAAGUAAUUGUGGUUAUACAAGUGAUAUACAU